AUGUCAAACGAGCUGCAUAUGGAGGUAAAUCCAAAUUGCACUGAGGACUUGUGCAGACUAGCAAAUAAUGACUCAUCAUAUAACAACCUUGUGCAUGUUAGAGCAGAUGGGCAAGAUGAUAGCAUCCACUAUCUCUGGAGUUCAAUAGGUGCACCAACAUUUCUAGUUGUUAGGACUGAAUUGAGUUCACAGCUACAAAUAGACUGGACAGCGUUACUUUCAAAUGAAUCGGCUAAUUCUAUAACAUUUUCUUCUCCUCCUUUGUUUGCGUUUGCUGUAACGUUUACAUAUUUGUGGGAGUAUAAUGAUCCCAAGGACACUGGAAACAUACAUACAGCUCGGAGCAACAUUUCGUACUACCGGCUAGAAUCAUUAAGUUGGAAUGAUUUCAAUUUCAAUGCAGAUUACAACAAAUCAAUGGGUAGUUUCUCAUUGCUCAACCACCUAGGUGCAAAUAACGGAUCAUUACAGUUUCUGCUGGAGGCAUAUGGUACUGACAGCAGGUCUGAAGCUUUGCCUCAUCUUCUAUACACAAGUGACAGUAUGCAGUGUCAGUUGAAACUGGACAGUUUUCCAACAAAGUACCGUGCAAGUCGGUUUGCACUGGAGAUGUUGAUGGUGAAAGUGAAAGAGCCAAAUGAAUACAUGACACUGGAAGAGCAUCAAAGUAUAGAUGACGAAUACACACCGGGUAUAUUUAAGGCAAUUCACUAUUCGAGUGGAGGGCAGAAUAACAGUGGCUACAUGUCUUGGAAGCCAGUGUGUUAUGCCGGUCCUCAUCACACGCUGGAGGAAGACCGGCUUGUUCAGACGUAUAACCUGCAGCAGGGAGUGGUGCGGAUUCCCAUUAACAGCAUAGCACAUGCAUACUUUGGCUCAGAUUUGAUGCUUGAAGCAACAACAUUGAACAUCUCAUUCGGCAUGCAGGGAGAUGGCUUUUUUCACUCUACAAAGUAUCUCGACUGGAAUGCUGUAAUAGGCUAUGGCCUUCCUCCACGUGACCAACUGUCGAUGCUAGUCAUUGCUGUGAUAACGACUGGGGUCGGCCUGCCAUCUGCACUCUUCCUUCUCGGUGGUAUUUAUGUUGGCUGUAAAAGAGUGACGAAAAAACAGACAUAUCCUGCAAUCGACUGAACGCAUUCACUUACGGAUAGGCUGCAGGGAUCUUCUAAUCUAUGUGUAAAUAGCUUGUAAUAAGUAAAUUGGUUAUGUCUAGCUCACACCAGUAAGUUUCAUUACUAAGCUGGAAUAAAUCAGUUGCUAGCCGAAAGCACCUUGUCACCUUAAAUGAAUCUUUAGGAAAAAAUGAAAUUAUUGCCGAAAUUAAAAAUUUGAGUGUCAACAUAGUUUCACUUGUGUUCUCCUGCCAGUAUUCUGACUUGUACUAUAAACAUAUUUACAAAAUAUGUAAACACAUUUAUGUACAUAUGUCAGAAGUAAAUGGUCUCAAUGAGUUAAGUAAGUUUGUGAUUUUUAUACUUCUGAUAUGUAUACGUACGUACGUAUGCAUACGUAUACAUAGGUAUACGUAUCAACAGUGAGUGAAAACAAAUAGUUUUCAUUCAUUCCUGAUAUGUAUGUAUAAUUAUGUAUGCACAUGGCAAAUGUGUCAGACAUGCAAUAAUAAUUAUUGUUCAUUAUUAGUUAAUAAAGAAGAUGUACACAUGAUACAUCAAGUUACAAUAACGUGCAGAGUAAAUAGAUUUAAGAAGUGAAGGAUCUGAAUUUAGAUUGAAUUUCUAUUGCAGAACGAUUAUUGGAACUGCUAUUAUUUCACUCAACAAGUAUAUAAAUCAAUAUGGCUGUUUAGAUAUUGCUCAAUGAGUAUAGAGUGUGUUUGUAAUCAAUUUAUAUGAAUUCCAUUGCUGUGAUUAUUGUGUAAUUUUGAUCUAAUUUCUGUGAAUACUUAAUUGUGUGUGAAAUAUGUAUUUGUUUGCCUAAACAUUUUUCAACAUCAGUGUAUUGUGUUAUGUAUAUGCAAGGGUUAAAGUAUGAGGACGUAUAAAAAAAAAGAUGCAAAAGUAAAUUUGUAUAUUGGUAAAAUAAAUUAUAGUAAUACGUAUUUUGAUUUGAACCCUGAAAAA